UUCGAAAGGAUAGGGAGAAAACAAAGGAUGAGUAUAUAAGCCCAAAAAGGAGUCUGAUUUUAUUAUUUAUCAUGAUAUGGAAUUUAAUAUGAUAUAUUAUUCAGAAUCAUUCUUCAUUUUAAUGGAUUCUAAAAAAUCUGUGAAACUCUGUAACAAAAGAAAAACAGACCCUUGUAUCUUCUAGCCCAAAAUUAACCUUCCACCACUCUCCAUUUGAAAGUUCCUCGGUACAAUAUUUGACAAUCUCACAAAGAUGAAACUUCAGUUAAUUGUACUGAUCUCAUCUUUUACGAUAUCGAUCUACGAUGUUGGUAACUUCUUUUGACCUGUCCUUUCUGCAGAUCUGAUGAGUCAUAUUUUUCCAUAGCGAAUCGACGGGCUUGGCAAAUAGUUGUUAAUAUUCUUAGCAUCAUCAAUCGCAAAUUAAUUAGGAAGAAAAAAUGGAUGAACACGGAGGAGGAAGCAAGGUGACAGGUAUUAGGCAAAUUGUGAGACUCAAAGAGUUGCUUCAUAAAUGGCAAAAUGUCACACUUAGUCCUAAAGGUACUAAUUGCCAUCCUCUUCAAUCAUCCAAUAUUGAUAAUAGUAAUGGCAAUUUCCAUAGAGGUAUAUCACCUGCUAUUACUAAGAGGCUAAAGAGCUCCAAUGUGUGUUGUGAUUCGGACGACGAGAGUUGCCAUAGUCCAGAGCCACCCCAUGGUGUCCCUAAAGGUUAUUUAGGAGUUUACGUUGGACCGGAGCUUCGUAGGUUUAUAAUUCCUACAAGCUACCUUAGUGAUCCCUUGUUCAAAGUGUUGUUGGAAAAAGUUGAAGAAGAAUUUGGAUUUGAUCAUACUGGUGGACUCACUAUCCCUUGUGAGAUUGAGACCUUCAAGUACCUAUUGCAAUGCAUGGAGAAUCAUCAAAGAGAUCAUGGUGCUAAUCCUCAACAUGAUUCUUCUGGAUCUUCAUUGGUGAUUGAAGGGUGAUUGACUACAAUGGUCUUAGUGAUGGUUGAAUCUUUAGGGAUGUUCUUAAAAAGAAAAAAAAAUCCUUAAUUAUUCUGGUGUUAACCUAAGAUGAUCUCCAUGUAAUGUAGAUUUCACAUUUCUUUUUUUUUUCUCUUUUAAUUCUACCUUUGUAUUCAAAGUUAGAGGUAACAAGGUUAGAUAUUUUUAACAAGGUUCAUUGGCAAGAGAAACAACAGAAACCUUUGACCAUUUGUUGGAAAUAACCUACAAUAUUUUAGUGGUUAUUGACCCUUGCACUUUUAGGCAAGUCUAUUUUACUA